AUGGAGAGGGAAGACGGCUCACCUUCCCGGUUCUCUCUCGACGUGAAGACAGAGGCGUUGCGAUGUCACAGAAAGAGAGAACUGGAGGCGGACCCGAGGCCCGGCCGCCAGCCGGGCUCGGCAGACGAGCCGGCGACAGAGCCGAAAGGCCUUCCUCCCUCUCCUUGCCCGUCUCGCGUCAGCGCGGACGAGAAGGGCGAGAAAAAACCGCGCCGUCUGCGUGAGGAACUUCUUUCUUCGCCGCGGCUGCAGGCGCCGGCGCCCAGGAGAGAGGGAGUCCGCGCCGCCAGCGCGUCUCCAGCAGGAAAGCACGACGCGUUUGCGUCGCAACAGACAGCAGGGAUUUCGUCUUCAGACGGAAAAGACCAAGAGAAAACCGGCCAACCGAGGAGCGGACCGGAUCGAACGGGAGAGGGUACAGAGACAUCCGCGCGAAGCUGCAUAGAGCGAGGGGGGCGAAGCCCCCUCGAGGGUCUUCCUUCCGGGUGUAUGUACACUCUGUUCUCCUGCUUCGACGUAAGUCAGGUAGCCGAACUGCGACUUCUCUCACGGACCAUAAAGGCGGCGGUGGACGCGCCGUGCUCUCUGCGUGGCUGUACGUCCUUGACUGUGACGUCCAGACUCGCCGCCACGGCCCGGAGGGGAAUCCUUGGUCAUCACAAACAGCGCGUGCCGUCUGCUUCGUUGUUUUGGUGGAGGAUGCUGGACCGGCAGCCGCAUUUGCGGCGACUCGUUAUUUGCCGGGACGCACUCGGCUUCUUUGAAGGUAGCGAACAAACCGAUUUGCCUCCCUCGCAUGCUCUCCGGUUUCUGCUUCUUCUUCUCCGUCAUAGUGCUACGCUCCUCGACACAGUCAAGAUCACUUCCCCGGAUCUUCAGUGCCAUCGCCUCGUCGACUGGGGUGUACUGACCCCUCAGCCGACCCCGUCUCGCGCUCGAGACGAAGACGAGAUGCGCGCUACGGAGCCGGAGAGGGGGGAGCGACGAUCAGGGCCGGCGGCUGUCGACCCUGGCGCGACUCCCGCCGACGGAGAUGAAACCGAGGAAGACGUGCGGGAGACGGGAGACAGCAGCUCUGGAGAAGCAUCAGACAAGGGAGAAGAGCUUGAAGAGGGGGGACGGCAGGCAGAGGGAUGCGGCUUUUCGGAGACAUCCCCUUUUGCGUUUCACCAUCCGUUUUCUGCUGCGAACGAAGACGCCAAUGGUACUCUGAUGAAAGACAGACAUACGGCUAUUCCGCAGGCGCUGCGCGGCGCACGAUCGGAUUCUUCGCUUCCGUCCCUGUUCGGAGAUGCAUCGUCGAACAGUGUAUCGGUGCCUGACUGGUUCUGCAGUGGAUCGAAUCCACCUUCCCCUGCGUCUAGGCGGUUUCUCUCUUCCCUCGACGCCGCGCCUUCCCGCAGCCCUGCUCCGUGGGUACUUCCUGCGACCGCUGUCGGCGACUUCAGUGCAUGCGCGUUGCCGUCGUCUCAUUCCCCGGUUCUCUCGUCUCCUCUUUCUCUGCCUGCAACGACGUUUCCCCAGUUGACUUCUCUCUCGGUCUCCGGAUGCCACGCUUUCUUCUGGCUGCGGCUGUUGUCAAACUGUAGCUUCCCGUCGUGUCGCACCUUUUCGCUCGUUUGUCAGUGUCCCCGCGUGCACGUGUCUCUGGCUCUGGGUACUGGCGAAAAAGUCGAUCUGCGCCAUCCUCUCCGGCUGCACGAACAGAGCGCGGCGAGUCUCCAGGGGGCCUCAGGAGAAGCGGAAUUGGUGAAGCUUCUUCUGUCUAUGCCGCUUCUCCAGUUUCUCCGUGUAGAAACUCGCCUUCCGGUGUCACGCCGGGUUUGGCGCGCCGUCUUGGGGUGUACGUACACCGCGUCAAACGGAGAAGAGCGGCGGUUUCCAGGUUUGUCGUAUCUAACGGACCUCGCCAUCAGGGACCGCUCCAUCCUUCACCUUGCGGACGUCGUCCACGAAAUCGCGAACGCGCCUCCUCAGCACGUUUUCCCGCAACCUUCGGACAGAUCGUCGUCUUCCGAGGACGCUUUCGCACUUGCAGGCACAGAAGAUUCCCGAGCGGUUUCAGAGCGCGCGUCCCUCGUUUUCCCGAGUGGCGCGGCUCCGCGGGCCGGAGCCCCUGGGAUGCCCCGAGACGUUCUUGGUCGAAGAUGCAGGUGUCGCCUAAAGAGGCUGUCCUGCAGCCCGCUUGGCGGCGACCUCGGAAAAAUUCCGUCCGUUGCGUUGGCCAGUUUAGAGGUUCUGAUGCGCGCGUUUCCUGACUGUCAGUUCGUCCUCGACAACUUCGCGGCCGGCUGCGUGGGCCCCGCUGGAGGAGGGGCACACGCACGGGAGAGACGACCUGAAGAAGACGUCGCGAAACUUUUGCCGCGCAUCCUGGGCAACGUCCAGCACCUCCACCUGAACUUUGACGAUCCGAACAACGAUAUUCCUCUCCUGGCUGACCAGGCGCUUCCAGAGCCGCGGGGCGCCGCGCCGGCUUUGCUUUCCUCUCCACCUCCGGUUCCCCUCUCAGCGUCUAGCCUGGCCCUGGCUCCGCAUGCGCGGCGUGUCUCCAUCGACUUUCUGCACUUUUCCCCUGACACACACCGAGGACUCUUCCGCUGCCGGUUCGGUUCGCUUCCGCCUGCUCAGCCCGCGUCUUCCGCCGCGCCGGCGACGCUUCGCGAGCGGUGCCCCCGAGGCCGCAGGCGCUGUCGCUGGCCGUCCUUCUGCGUCGAGGGUCUCCCGGAGCCGGAAAGCGCGUCGGGCUCGCCGCCGUGCACGCCUGGGCCUUCUGAGCGGAGCAGCGACGAAGAAGCGGACGCCGCGGCCUCGCCUGUAGACGGGCGGUCGCCGCAGAGGCCGUGCGAUCCUCGUAGCGGCGUGUCUGCUGCGGACAGUAGCCCAGCCUCGCGUUCGGUCCUCGCGGCGCCGCUCGGUUCCCCCAACCAAGCCGCGCAUGCCCCGGGACUCACAGAGAAGGACUGGCAGCUGACGAUCGCAGAGCGCCACGUGUUGCAAGUUCUUCGGUCCGCUGCAUUCCCCGCGUUUCUCUUGGCGCCUCAGCGGCCUCCGCGGUUUCUCGGCUUCGCGCCGAGCCGCGAGCGGCGCAGGCGACGCCAGAGAGAGACCCGGAGCGGCGAAGAGCGAGACGCGCGGGCCCGGAGCUUCCUCGCGAGACGUCGGCGGACGCAGCGGCGGAUCGACGCCGACCUGUUGCAUGCGCUGUGCAGAGACGAUGUGCUGCGCGAGAGGAUCAAGGGGAUCGAGCUCCGACUGGAAGAGCUGGCCGACUCGCCGCGAGCCGCCGCCCUCGUUUGGGCGCUCGUCGACCUUCAAAAGAAGAAGGAGAGGGAACGGAGACGCUGCUCGCGCGCGCAUGCGUGGCGCCUGAGCGAGGGGGCCUUCGAUAUGGAAGGAACGUCCCUUCCAGCCAGCAUGGAAGCCCGCGGGCGAAAUUCGUCGAUGGAUGCGCCCUGCGGAGUGGCUCUGCGGAGUGGCAACGAAGGAGCAGAGACGGAAGAGUGCGGUGCACGGGCGGACGAAGUGGAAAAUCUCGAGCCGCCGCGCCUCGAGAUUCUGCGUCUGGGAAACCAUCGAUUCGGCCUCGACGAACUUCCCGCCUCCGCGCUCACUGAGCGCCGCUCCGAAGGGGACGCGUCGUUGGCGUGCAGCGGAGAGGGGCUAGGAGGCAGGCCUGGAGGAGCGGCUUCUCUCUCCAGCUCCCUGGCGUCGCCGGACCCGGGGAACGCAGCGGGGGCGGAAGGCGAGAAACUCGCUGCGCUGCUGACAGAGCUGUUGUCGUGGUAUCCCGAACUGGCGACCGUCGAGGUCGAAGUGCCGCCCUUUCUGUACGACGACGAAGAAGACGAAGCUUGGCGGGAAGAACCGCCGCAGCUUCGAGCCGUGGAGCGGCUGUUGAAGUCGCUCGGCUUUGUGCGCUCGGGUGUAGAGACACUCGGUGCCAGCAUGUACGAGCACGUCGUCAUCUUCGAGCGACGCGCCAAGACGUGA